AUGUUGUUCGUGAUACUUCUGUAUCUAGACAUUCCUUGGGACAUUGACAGGCUACAUAAAGCCGGUUUCACUGAUCUAGAUAUGCCUUUUACAUGGAAGAGACCUGGUCCAAACGGUGGGGGAUGUCUGAGAUCCGGGCUCAGCUCUGACAAGACCUUUACUCCGCCUAAGCACUGGGGAUACCACUUGGUGGAAAGCUUCGUCAACAGACAAUGGAUGGUGAUGGCACCCGUCUUCGGCAGGUCGGGGGAGUACUUGGAACUUCACCCUCUCUGCCCAUUGCCUCUCAUCAAAGCGGACGCAAUCAUUCACAGUAUGCGGAAUGUGCUCUACAGGGCAGAGAUACAAUCCUCUCAUGUUACAGGACUCAAGGUACAAUCUCCUUCCAUAGUUGUUGCAAUCAAGGAGUUCAGAUACCGAGCGGGCUUUGAUCAAGAACGGUCGAAUCUCAGUGCUCUUCGCAGGGUUCCCGGCUCCAAGCACAUCGCGCAGAAUUUUGCAGCAUUCUCGCAAGGAGACAGAGAUUUCAUCAUUUCUCCUUGGGCCGAUGGAGGGAGCCUAUGCGACUUCUGGCAAGUCCACGAUGACGUAGGUAGGGAGUCCAAACUUGCUCUUUGGAGUCUGGAUCAAAUGCUGGGUCUUGUGAGGGCACUCUAUGCCCUCCAUGAAGAGCUUCCAGAUGCCGGUAAUUGCAGGCGCGAUGAUUUGAAGCCCGGAAAAAUUCUAUAUUUCACAGUUGGCACAGCAAAAGGUGAUAUGGGCAUCCUGAAGAUCACCGACUUUGGCAUUUCACGUUUCCAUCAAGAGGCAAAUUUGGAUAGGCUGAAUAUGCUGAAUAUGCUGACAACCACCGGUGCAACAUCGCCUUCCUACCAAGCCCCUGAAGCUGUAGCAUCGAAGGCCGCAAGGUCCCGCAAGUACGACGUUUGGUCAAUUGGAUGCAUAUUUUUGGAGUUCGUCAUAUGGCUUGUACAAGAUUGGGAUGCCGUUCAAAGCUUCGCCAACGCGAGGAAGUCCACCUCGGCGCAUGCGGGUGGCGUAAUACCGUCACACUUUUACAGAUCCGACAAAGACGAUGUCGUCGUACAUCCAGAGGUCUCCAAGAUUAUCAAAACUCUGGGGCGAAUACCACAAAGUGCUCCCAACACUGCACUUGGGAAGCUUCUGAGCAUCAUCAAGGAAGAUCUCAUCAAGAUCAACCCUGCUGACCGGAUUGAUGCCAAGGGGCUUUGCAAUCAGCUCGAAGUAGUUGUGUCGAAAGCCAAGUCUGAUCCUGUGUACCUGUGGGACUCUAGGUAUUGA